CUCUCUCUCUCUCUCUCUCUCUCUCUCUUUCUCUUUGUCCCUGCGGCUUUGGAUGUUUUUGUCGGCCUUCGGAGGACAGCAGACACAGACGUUGCUAGGCUAGUAUCUGUACACUGGACUUAUGAAUGGAACAGUCACAUCGGUCGCUCAUUUUCCUCUCUGAACAAAGCCAAAGAAACACGACCUGAACUCAGAAGUUGCACCAGCUGUCCAUGUGCUGUCUGUCAAUCAAACGGCAGACUCUUCUGAUUGACACCUGCUGGUGUGAAGCCAUCUGCCAGAAAUCAGCAUCACACUGAGUUCGGGACAUUGCCUGGAUAUUGAGUGAACGUUGUGCUGUCGUCGUGGUGACACUGUAGAGGGACCUUGAUCGACAGGUCUCCCUCCAGAGGACCUCUGAGGGGUCGCCACCAAAAGGAACAUGUGCUAGAAGUUGUACAUCUGUCCUAAACAACUGGUUGGCUUUGACUCUAGAAGAUGAACAAUGAGGAUGAGUUCUUCGACGCCGUCACAGGCCUGGAUUCGGACGAGUCGUAUGAAGGGGUGUCGGAGGCCAGUUUCCAAGAUGCGCUUGUGUUUGACAGCAGCAGUCAGAAGAACAAUGGAUCGGUGCCACAGGAGAACGGCAUCAAGAAACACAGGACGUCAUUACCUGCACCCAUGUUUUCCAGAAGAACCAUCAGUGUCUGGAGUAUCCUGAAAAAAUGCAUCGGAAUGGAACUCUCGAAGAUCACGAUGCCCAUUGUCUUCAACGAGCCUCUGAGCUUCCUGCAGAGAAUCACAGAAUACAUGGAACACACUUACCUCAUCAACAGAGCCAGCUCGCUGCCUGACUCCAUAGAACGCAUGCGGGCAGUAGCUGCUUUUGCUGUGUCAGCAGUUGCGUCUCAGUGGGACCGAACUGGAAAACCCUUCAACCCUCUGCUGGGAGAGACCUAUGAGCUCAUCAGAGAGGAUCAGGGUUACCGGCUGGUAUCGGAGCAGGUAUCCCAUCAUCCCCCAGUCAGUGCCUUCCAUGCAGAAAGUCUGGUCGGGGACUUUGUCUUCCACGGCUCCAUCUACCCCAAACUCAAGUUCUGGGGGAAGAGUAUUGAGGCUGAGCCUAGAGGGACCAUCACACUAGAGCUACUCAAGCACAAUGAGGCAUACACAUGGAGUAACCCUUCCUGCUGCAUACACAACGUCAUUGUGGGAAAACUAUGGAUAGAGCAGUAUGGCACAGUGGAAAUCGUCAACCACAGCACUGGAGACAAGUGCGUGUUGACUUUUAAGGCCUGUGGGAUGUUUGACAAAGAGCUGCACAAAGUGGAGGGAUACAUCCAGGAUAAGAAUAAAAAGAAGCACUGUGUCAUCUACGGGAAGUGGACCGAGUGCAUGUGGAGCGUGGACCCUCAGGCCUACGAGGCUCACAGGAAGUCAGAGAAGAAAGGAGACAUCAAAAAGAACAAACAUGAGGAGCAAGAGGGAGCGGAGAACGAUGACGCAGACGACAUGCCUGAAAUCCAGGAGACAGUCUCCGUUGUGCCAGGAAGUACUCUGCUGUGGAGGAUAGACUCCAGACCGGGGCACUCUGCCAUGAUGUACAACUUCACCAACUUUGCAAUGUCGCUCAAUGAGCUGGAGCCCGGCAUGGAGGCCAUCUUGGCGUCCACAGACUGUCGCUUCAGGCCUGACAUCAGAGCCAUGGAGAAUGGCAACAUGGACGAGGCCAGUAGGGAGAAGGAGAGACUGGAGGAGAAACAGAGAGCUGCCAGAAAGGAGAGAGCCAAGAAUGAGGAGGAGUGGUCUACUAGGUGGUUCCAGCUGGGCACAAAUCCGUACACCAACGCCCCAGGCUGGCUGUAUACCGGAGGCUACUUCAAUAGGAACUACAAAGACCUGCCUGAUAUCUACUGAUAGCCCGCUGGCCUUCUUACUACUCCUCUUGCUCCUCUAUAACCUGCAAUGACCUGCCUGUCAUGAAACGGAGAGAAAUGUCAGAAUCCACAUCCCACCUUCAUCUCACUGCCUUCAUCAUCUCUUAGCCGACCGACACAACCAGCGCAGAUUGGAAAGACUUACAAAGAAGCCAAAAGCUCGUCCCUUUUCUCAAACAGCGGCCUGCUUGGUGUCUCCUGAGUCAUCAGGUCUUUGUGUCUUCACUUGAGCGUCUUAUUCUCACAUAACAACCAGCAAACGCUUCCCAUCUCUCUGCCCCGGCAUCGUUUAGAGCACAAGAACCAUUUUAAUCCUGACCAAUCGCAGCGGCAGAGAGCUGGUACGUGUGCAUCGGCGGUUAAACGCACCCACAAACUCACAGAUCCAACCUGAAUGUUUAAAGUCUUUACAAUCAAACUCUCUUCUCUGAGAAACCGCCCGCCAGGCUUCCAGACGGCGACGUUUAGAACAGUCAAGUGUCAUUGAUGAGUAAAUAUGAGUAGAAACAACAUGAAGUAAAACAUAAUAAUCACAUGGAUGGAUAUAUGGACAUGGACGGACUGCCAGUCAACAGGGGAAUCAGGGAUGUGAAUGCUCCUUUGACUGAAGAUGAAUCUUGAGGAUGCUUUUUUUUUCCUUUUUUAACACUCAAAAAAUAGAUAUAGGCGACAUUGUACUCAUUAAGGAACAAAGUUAUAAAGAAAUACUGUUGGUUUAGUUGGUCAAGAUGAAUCGAAUGCAAGCUUGAGCUCAUUACUGUCCAUGUGUCAUAUCCUAAAACCUUCCCAUUAACCUUCUGCUUGAGGUUUAUGUAUUGAAAUAAAUCAAGGCAACUACUAGAAAAUGGAUGUUUCCUCGACAGCAGAGUGGAAUGUGAAGCUCGAGCGGGACCAGAUCUGGGAUCAAAGAGGAAACCACAUGCAAUUGGAUGUUGUACAUGGCAACAGAUGAAUGCGUAGAGCUGAGCCUGAGCUGUUCACCUCCUCAAAAUGUAACUCUGUUGUCUUAACUCGGCCUGUACAGUAGCUUCUGUAUGUAGCUGUUCAGUAGAGAUGUACAGUGUGAUUAACAACCCACCGUGAGCUCACGUUGACCUCCAGUCGCUCUACGUCUUCUUUUAGAAACCAGCGCAGAGUGUAGGAAACACUUAACUGAAUGUGUAUACGCAGCUUGGAUAACUGGCUGCUGAGUCAUAGCUGAGGUUUACGGAUGUUCAAAAUAGGAGUCACACACGAGUGCAGAAAAUCUCAUUAUUCAUCCUCCGGUUCGUACGUCUUAUCUUUACAAGGCUGAGGAAAUGGAGAAAAUCUCUCAUAUUAAAAGCACAUUAUAAGACACAAUUCUGUUUCCCCUCAUGAGCAGGUCAGAGGUCAGGGUCAAGGACACCUCAGCGGGGUGUGUGAGCUUCAAUCUGAGCAAUCUGAUUGAAGUUGUAAUGACCUCUUCUUACAGGACCAUCCUGCUGAAUGAAAAGCAAAAAUCUUGUUUUUCCCCCUGUAGGGUAAAAUCUGAUGGUCGUCAGUGCCUGCGUGUAAAUCUGAACUUAAACUCACUCUCAGUUGAACCUCUCACGAGUUUGACAUUUAUUAGUGAAUAUUUUCAUUCCCACAUCAGACACAACCACCCUGUGUUGAGUAACUGAUGAAAUCCCAACUAACACAGAGUAAUGUGAGUAACAGUAACAAUACACACACAUUCAUGGUGUGAAUGAGUGUAUAAUAUGUACAGACACUUAAAGCCAUAUUAACUAUGAGAGAGGGAGAGAGAGGGAGAGUGGAUUUGUUGUGUGAACGAUGAUAAUUUGAAGAUGUGAGCCCUCAAGAUUUACAUUAUUAUUAAUCUCACUCAUUAUAGCAUGAUUACAAAAUCUCCUCUUCCGGUGUCCACCAUGGGACCUUAUUUUCGAGAAAAUAUGUACGUUAGGCAAUGGCGAGAGACAUAUACUGUUUUCUUACUGUUUAAUCGUGCCAUAAAUGAGACAUGUAAUGUUUGUCAAUUUAAAACAGAAUUCUGUAUGUGAAGAAAGUUGCAAUUUGCCGUAGGUUCGUUGUGGUUUGUGUGAAACCUCUCAUUGAGCUACAUCUUCUGUCUCGCACGAUAUGUCACCUACACCAGCUAGCGAGCCAGCAGGGGAGGGAAAAUCGAUACAGCAUAGUAUUGUGAUACUUUGUGUGGCAUGGUUGUAUCAAUACAUGGAUGCUAAGUAUUGAUUAUAUCUGAUUAUAUCUUAAUAAUAUUGCAAAUACAAAUCAAAAUUUUGGUAGCUUACUAAAUUAAUUUGCUAUUUCAGUCCAUUAGAUAGUUUUGCUGCAAUAAAAAAGAGUGAAGUGAGAAACUUUAUCUUUAAAACUUUAACUUAGAAUUUCAAACAGAUGUUGACAAAUGUUUCCUUUGUGGACAUGAUUGACAGUCAAAUUAAGGUGAUAAAUCACAAUGUAUGACAUCGCAAUACUCGCAAAAUGUUUAAAACUGCAAUAAAAUUGUAUCGUGACUAAAGGAUGGUGAUAACAUCGUAUCGAGGGACCUCUGGUGAUUCCCACCCCAUUCCCACUAGCCAGCUCUGUUCCACGCACAAAAGUAACAUUACCUGAUGUGUUGUAUCCAGCGACUCCUGAUCUUUGUGUUAGCUGGAUAGUAAAUGAACAACAGCAAGACUCGGUGCUCAUGUGACUACAUUCCGGUAUGAAACACACAGGCAUUGUUGCUUGAACGAGGGAGAAAGGUAUGAUGUCAUCUAUGUGACGUGUGCAAUUUAAUUUCUUGACUUUUAUAUUUUAAAUUGACAAACAUUGUGUGUGUAAUUCAUGGCACAAGUCAUAUGUGAUCAGAAAUGAAUUGUCAAAAGAGUAAGGUCCCAUAGUGGUCCACUGGACAGGGAGGGACUUUGCCUUUCUAUAGUCUCAUAACCCGUCCAUGUUUUUUCUUCGUACGCUGAUUGUAGUAAAAAUGAGACUGUCCAUGUAUCGACAGCAAGUCAAGAGUUAAACUCCCAAACUAAAAUUUAUAAAAGAAAGUGAAAAGUACUCUAAUGAAUGUUAGCACAAAAAAAGAAUGGAGAUGAUUCUCCUGAGAGGGACUGUCUGCAGCUCUCCAGCUGAGCAGACAGGAUCUUUAGUAUUUGUACAGAAGCUCUUAACUGGAGUCGUCCACAUCCCGUGCACAGUGGAGAAACAGUAUCCCUUUAUCUGUCGCUUUGCUCAUGUUGAAGCAGAUACAGUCUGAGGUAGUGUGGCUCGCUCAUAUAAAACCCUGGUUCGUCUCGCAUCAGAGUUUUAAUUAGAUUUUUGUAUCGUAAACAAGUUACAGCUCGCCACCAUAACACACACACACACACUCUUCACAUGACCUGUUUGCACUGGUGAGAAUGUGACGUUUUGAUAGAAAAUAGCAAGAUUCGAGAGGUUUUGUCGAGAAAAAAAAAAAAGCCUCGGUUGCAGCCCUUUAAUGUCAUAAUGGAGAAACAAAUCUAUUGGCUGUGUGUGAUCUUCAGAAAUCUUACUACAACAUGUUACCCGGCAUUAUCUCACAGUUUAAAAAUCCCGUUUUCAUCAGUGCAUCCAGGAGCUCUGACGUAUUUCACCAUCUCUAUGCAAGUUUUGCACCUCAACAUGAACAGUACAUGUGUGAUCUGUUAUUGUACAGUAGCUUUACAUCCUCCCCUCGACCCCACACACACACACACCUUCAGCCUCUCAGCUUCAGUAGUCAGAUGUAUGACUUUGCCUUCUUAGUUUAUCUUAAUAUAUUCCACAUAAUUGGAAAUUAUUCUAAUUUUUGGGGACGACACGUCUUGGACCCACUUAACUUUUCAUUUUGUGAGUUUUUUAAAAAUGUAUUUCUAUGUCAUGCUUAGUGCCUCCUCUCUUUCAUUCCUCUUUGUUUUGUGUCUUUUUAAUUUAUGUGUAUUAUUUAUGAUGUUUGAGGUUUUAUGAAAUAAUUCUGUUUUCCUUUUGUUCAUGUAGCUAAUCCAAACAGCUCUUAGUUGCUUUCUUUCACCAACAUCUGGAGUGUUUUUAUAGAGGAGCAGAGUGUCUGAUCGGAGCUUGAAGUGAACAUCAUUCACCAGCUUGUACAUUUUACAGUGGCCGUUACAUCUGUCACAUUUACAGUGUGUAGGUAGACUUGUCAUUAAAAAGUAAUUAUAAAUCAAACACUACUUGAGUUGAACUGUACACAGGUCAAAUGCUACAAAUGAACAAACGGGAACAAACUAUAGUCGCAACAAAGCUUUUGACCGUGAAGUGAUUCCAGCUGUUGAUUGGUCCAAGUGGCGAGUACACAUACGGAGCGGUCAUGUUCACUAGUGCUGAUUCAGACUCCACCAGACUAAUGCUCCGUCAUUAAAGUAGAUCUAUGUUGCUUUGAGUGUCGGUUGUUGUUGAGUUUGACCCUCCUUCUCCUGGACUGUGUCAUGGGAUUGUCGAUGUUAUAAUGUAUGUGUACAAGUGCUGCACAGAGCUAAUCACAAGCAAAAUGGCAUAUUAUUUUGUGCAAUUGAUUUAUUUUUAUAGUAUUUAAACAGUUUUUGGUGAGAACAUUGUACCAGAUGUUUUAUUUUGAGGUGGGGGAGUGUAAGGGGUCAUAUCCAAUCUGUGGACAUCUUGGUAGAAUAAUGAGCGGGGGGAAAUGUCUACUAAUAAAAUCCUAAUUUCAGUUUA